GGCCGCACUCCAGGGCGUCUGUAAACACACCCAGAGACUGUCAUGGAGGGGGAGGAGGAGGCGGCGGCGGCGAGGGGAGGCGUUCUGGGCCGCCUCCAGGGUCCGCUCUGCCAUUCCUGAUCUGGUCCCUCGUCCCCGUGACUGUGGCAUCAGGGAAGCGAACUGUUUAGGCGAGAGGAAGAGGCAGUCAGAACCAUAUCCCCUUCUUCCCCGGGGCGGGGGCCGGGCAGAGCCGGCUGAGCCGGGGGAGGGCCGGGGGAGGGCGCGCCUGGCCGGGCCGGCCUGUCUGCCGAGAUGGAUGACAGCAAGGUGGUUGGAGGCAAAGUAAAGAAGCCCGGUAAGCGUGGUCGGAAGCCUGCCAAAAUCGACUUGAAAGCAAAACUUGAGAGGAGCCGGCAGAGCGCGAGAGAAUGCCGGGCCAGGAAGAAGCUGAGAUACCAGUAUUUGGAAGAGUUGGUAUCCAGUCGAGAAAGAGCCAUAUGUGCCCUCAGAGAGGAACUGGAAAUGUACAAGCAGUGGUGCAUGGCAAUGGACCAAGGAAAAAUCCCUUCUGAAAUCAAGGCCCUCCUCACUGGAGAAGAGCAGAGCAAAUCUCAGCAGAACUCGGGCCGGCACAGCAAGGCUGGGAAGGCGGAGGCCAACAGCGGGACCUGGUGAAGAUCAUCAAACAGUGAGAUUGAAGCCAGCGUUCUGAUUCCUAUGGAGGAAGAAUGGAUAAGAUUGUACUUCUUGGCUGUUUACUACCUGCCGCUCAGCAGUCAUCUCUGUAAAUCAGCAGUUGCCACCAAAAUGUGUGAUCGCAGUUCUCAACGAUCUUGCUUCAACUUGUAACACUUAGAAAAUGUACAUUCACAUGUGUUCUGGUUGGGAUUGCCACCCAUAUUUAACAUUUAAUAAUGCUUGAAGCCACAGUUGAGAAAAAUGGGUGAAGAUUGUAUUUUUGCACCUUAACUCCAUAUUGCUCUAUGGGUUAUUUAUACUCUUUCCAUGUCAUUGUAUGUGUGUAUGUGUUUUGGUGUCAGCAUCUUUCAUGUUUUUGAUUACCCUACAAAGAGAAACCCAAUAGGCUGGUUACUAAAUUCUCAGCCUUUAUGGACCUAAUCUUGUUUCUUUCUAUCUACCUGAGUAACAUUUGUUUUCUGCAUGAACCUUGAUUUCUCCUGUGAGCCAUUCCAGCAUAAGCUGUGAAUAUAUAUUAACAGAGACAUUUCUAUUUUUAUAAUCCACAAUGAUAUGCCUGUUUUAAAUAAUGCACAUGUUAUAGCCCAUCAGGAAAAUCCUUAAGACAGCCACUGUGUUAAACCUUUUUGCUGUCUCUUCAAACUAUAUUUAUAAAGUAUUUGUUAGGGCCAAAUCCAUACUUGGAGAUGAACUAGUCAGAAUUCUAUUUUUAACUAAGAAGUAACCUUUCAGGCAUUUCAGCAGCAUACGUUUUCUUGGCACACUAUAGCACAUGUGCAGACGUGUGUUUCUGUUGUCUAUCUGUGCACGUGGAGAGGACUAGCAUGAAUGUCCACACAAGUUUCUUGUGUAUUCAACUGAAUUAGACUUUUUUUCUGAAGAAAAUAGGAUGAAACUAGCUGCUGAGACUGAGUUUCUGCCUUGCAAUCUGGAACAAAACAAGGGACAAAUUGCAGGUGGAUGUAACGGUGAUAGCCAUGACCAGAACACUGAAUAUCUUCCUUUUCAAACAUGUUCUGAGCCAGGAACACACACACUAGGGCCGGGGCCUGGCUCAGCCCUGGCUGUGUAUCCUCUGGAGUGACACUCCGGGGCCAGAGUGGCACAUGGUCCCACAGCUGCUGGGCCUGGCAGGACGUGUGGAAGGGCAGAGGAGCUAUUUCCAGUCCCACCACAGUUAAACCCUGCUUACUGUGGUCCUGACUAGCAAAGUGGAGUGAAGGUAAAGAAUCAGGCUGGCUCUCUGAUACACUCGGAUUGGCCCAGGGAUCUUGAUUUCCUUAAGGAGACAUGUUAGCUCUGCCUUUGUGUUUCUCAUCAGGACUUGGGUUCUCUGUCGCUGCUAAAUUAUAAUGGUUUUCACUCUGAUGAAACAAGUAUUUGGUUUCCAAACAAGAUAAGUUUGAUUAUAAUCUGGCAGUUUCAGAGGAAACCUCUUAGCCUAGACUGUCUGCAGAGGUAGUAGAUGAGAUGGCCAAACACUUCCUCCCCUCUCUAUGGCCAUGCAUUUGACUAAAGGCCCUCCCUUGACCACAGUUCCUAAAGAGCUCUUCUUAGGCUGCAAACUCAGAUCACUAGGCUAGCCAAGUGUGACUACUGAUAUACCACUAGCCCAGUUUGUUGGGUCUCUGUGUUGUGGAAGAUUGGGGGUUUAAGAGUAUUUAAUGUCUUUUUAGGAUCAAAAGUACAGAUGAGGGAUUGUUGAAGUUCAGGCAUUCAGAUUGUAAUGGGUGUAGUUUUACCAUCUGGUCUACUCAAUUGUACAUUUUUCUGCAAAACAACCCAAAACUUAUUUUAUGUUGCUUUGUUGAGUAACUUUCAGGUUUCCCAAAAGAGUUGUUUCAAAGCAAACAUUCCAAAAUGAAUGUGGCUCUUCAAUGGAAUGCCUCAUUGUGCUUGAAGAAUUUCUUCUCUGAUUGUAAUUCUAAAUUACAGCACCACUUAAGCGUCUUCCCCUCGCCCCGAUAUCUUUACAAGAGCAGAGGUUUUAUCCUCAGGUAGAGGAUAUGUAAUUUUGGGUGAAACUAAAUUACUGUUCAUUUGCAUUUGUUCCUCAACCUAACUCUUUAGUAUUUUGGAGCAUAUCAAACCAAGAGAAAGUUCCUUGGUCUUUAAAAAAGGAAGGCUUUGAUUGCUUUGGGUUAUUGUGCUAUCUACAUGCUUUUCCACUUGGAAGCAUAUUAAUAAAUGUCACUGAUGAAAGCAGCUGGAACAUAUCCUUCCCAUUCUGGUUGGAAAUCCUGCCGCUUACCUGUGAUGACACCAAUGUUGCUGGGCGAGAACAGCGGGUCAGAAAGAACGGGUGAGUGCAGGAGAAGCUGCUGCUCUCCUCACUCCAAGUCACCAGAACACUGUGUUCUCUGCCUGGCUUCCCCGAAGAUAGCUAAGGGAGAGAUGUGUUUGUGUCCAAGCGUGUUGUCACUGUUUUAGAAUCAACCUGACCUUAAAUUAGAGCAGGUGAAUAUGGAAUACAUUUGACUAUUCAAG